AUGGAAGCAUGCAGUACCUGUGCAACGAUAUUAACUCCCGACGACGGAAAGCAACUUUCCGAGAAGCCGCCGCCGGAUCAACGAAGGGUUCCUUGCUGUGACAGGAUUAUAUGCGGUGAAUGCAUCGUGGUCCGUAUUACAGAGGCCCCUUCGAUACUCGGUACCCUGUAUACUAACGACACUGACCCUCAGAAUAACGCUCGCUUCGCAGCCUACUGCCCUUAUUGCCAAAUAUCUAGCGAGCCCAAUCCACUUCCGCAAGGCCUCAAAGCACCCCCUGCGUACCAUAUCGACGCCAGACGUCAACGCCAACCGCCUCCGCCUCCGCCUCCGCCUCCGUGUGACCCCCCACCAUACUCGGCCCGCAAUGGUGCGGAGAACGAGAAAGCAGGCGGCACCGACGAUACGCUGCACUUUCUCAACCACGAGCACGAUAGCAUCCUCUCGCUGUCGCUGCGCUACGGCGUGCCACAGGACGCCCUGCGCCGCGCCAACAAGAUCCACAGCGACCACCUGCUGCUGGCGCGCAAGACGGUCCUCAUCCCGGGUGACUUCUACAAGGCUGGCGUCAGCCUUUCCCCGCGGCCCGUUGAGGGCGAGGCCGAGGAGCUGCGCAAGAGCAAGAUUCGGCGGAUCAUGACGGCGUGCAAGCUCGUCGAUUACGGCGUGGCCCAGCUGUACCUCGAGCAGGCAGGCUACAAUCUCGAGCGUGCCGUUGAUACAUACUUCGAAGACGAGGCCUGGGAGCAGACACAACGGGACAGAAACAGGAGUAAAGCAAGCACCACGCCGUGGUUUUUUCGUGGUUUGAGAUAG